CAUUGACAUCAGGAGACAAGUCCUGUGAGGCCACCAUAUCUGUGCUUGCUUGGUCUAUCGUUUAAUCACUUCAUUCUUCGUUGUAGCAGCUGGAGGUUCGUCUGCACCAAAGGGAGAAGGAAAGAUGGAAUCAGAAACGGAACGGGUUGUAAAGCUGCUUGAAAAGACUGCGCAUAUGACGCCUGAUGAGCGAGAAACUUACCUGGCUAAUUUCCUGUAUUUUCCCCCGGGAACAAGCAAUGAACAGGUGAUCAAGACUUACACUAAAUGGGCGCCAACAUAUGUGGAGACUCUGAGUGCAGGGGGUUAUACAGGCUACCUGCUAGGCGCCGACGAAGUGACGUCUCGGGUACCAGAAGACCAGCGUCAUAGCCUGAGGGUGUUGGAUGUCGCCGCGGGCACGGGAAGCGUGGGACUCGAACUCAGUAACAGAGGCUUCAAAUUAAUCGACGCACUUGAACCCAACGAAGAAAUGAUGAAGCAUCUAGAAACAACUGGAGUUUACAAGAAGAAAUACUUAGAGUUUUUAGGCGAUGGGGCAAAAUCUGUUCCUAGUGACGCAUACGAUGUUCUCAUCUGCACAGGGGCUAUGGUGGAGGGGCACAUACCCGCUAAGGGUAUUGAAGAUAUGAUAAGGGUAACUAAGCCUGGAGGACUAAUCAUCAUAGCCAUGAACAAAAGGUUCUUGCACGAAGUGGAGGAAUAUAAGGGACUUGAGCAUUACAUGGAAUCUUUAGAAAAGAAAAGCUACUGGACGAAGGUGGAAGUGAAAACAGUGCAGAAAUACUUUUCAGACUGUGAAGGAAUCAUCUUUACCUAUAGGGUUUUGUAAGUUUGUCUUCUAAACGUAUUCAUGUAUGGACACCAUAAUGAAUUCAGCAUUGAAUUUGGGAGUGAGGUUUAGUGUUGUUUAUGACCUCCAAAACAAUGACAGAGCAUAAUUGCUGUUUAUUGUAACUUGCUUCACUGUAAUUAAAACUUUACCCGAUAGUUUUUUUUUUCUUCUUUUUAUCUCUGCUCAGACUUUAUGGUUAGUAUUUGAUGUUUGGCUGCUCCUUGAGAUCAUAAAAUAAAAUAAACUGACGGUAAAAUAACAAUGAAUUUCUUGAUAAAUAACGGCACCAAAGUAACGAUGGAUUGGCAGACUAACACUAAGAUUUUAAAACUUAUUCUCUUCCCCAUUUUCUACAUUCAGAAGAUCGGCUCUGAAUAACAAAUUGCCUUGGUAAGCUUUCGUGACAUUUCUUCUGUCCUUUCACUUAUGUCCUUAAACCAAGAUUUAGAUUGUCUUGUUUCAUAUCACGACUGUUGUAGGCUACUAUACAAGCGUUGGUUAUAGGGUUACCACCUAGCGCAAGGCCGUUAAAUGUAACCAUAUCCUAUUAUGAAAUAAUGCAUUAUUAGAUGUGGAUUGUCAGUUGAAGCAUUUUCUUGAAUGCUGUAGGCUAAACAUACAUUGUACAUGGUUAUUUACAUUAUAUAAUCACGUGAA